AUGCAGAACUUGCAGUCGUUUGAAGUCUGGCACAGACAUCAAGUGCUUAAAGAGCUGCUAAUGUUUAUCGUGGAAGCGGUGAGUAAUCUGUUAGACAACGCUCAGGACGACGCAUGGCUUGACCUGAGUGUCGCCGAUCGCAAGCACGUGGCCUCCAAACUGCUGAAGGGCUUGGAAUUGAGUGCACUCUUGUUGGCCGACAACACCAAUCAGGACGGAUCCUUCGCUGUCGCCAAACCCAAUGUCUGUAAGUGUCAACCAAAACCAAAUCUUUGCUUGUUUAAUCAUUACACGGCCUCCCAGUGCCUCAAAUCAAUGGUCUCAGUUCAUGUGCUCGACACACGAAUGCCUAUUAGCCUGCAAUUCCCUACAGUGGAGGAUACCCGGGGCACUAUUGAAUGGAUUCUGGUCUCAGUUCAUGUGCUCGACACACGAAUGCCUAUUAGCCUGCAAUUCCCUACAGUGGAGGAUACCCGGGGCACUAUUGAAUGGAUUCGUAUGGAGGAUUCACUUUUUCUGCCGGCACAGGCACUGCUUGAAUACUCCAAAGAUGGUUUGGCGAGAGUAGCCUUUUUGGCCUAUUAUCGCAUCGAAGACCUCCUCAAACCCGACGUUUACUCGACUAAUGAUCGAAAGGAUGAGACGUCUCUUUCAUUACAAAACAUGACAACGACUUCUCUGGCAAUUAAUUCUCGAGUAAUCGGAGCGUCGCUCAGUAAUGGGCGCACCGGUGAUCACAAGAACAUCCAAUUAUCACAACCCAUUGCAAUCAUCUUAAGACAUAUCCAAGAGGAGAACGUAUCGAACCCGAAGUGUGUCUAUUGGGAUGUGGAGCUCAGGGAUUGGCUGUCAGAAGGCUGUUGGAUGGAGUCGACGAAUGCCACGCAUACUGUCUGUAUGUGCAACCAUUUGACACAUUUCGCACUACUGAUGGACAUCCGGCCCAUCGAUCUGUUGGUGGCGGACAGUAAUUGGCAGAAAUUGGUUGUCAUAAUCGGCUGUGCGAUUGCAAUGUUAAGUCUCGUAUUUAUAGCGACAAUAGUGUGUGUCGUGAGCGCCGGCAAUACCGAAGCCGUUUCAAUCCACCGUAAUCUUUGUGUCACUCUUUUAAUCGUCGAAAUGACUUAUUUAAUCGGAAUCUAUAGAACUGAUGUUCCCGUGUUGUGCGGCUUAACUGCCGGUUCCCUCCACUUCUUCCUAUUGUCCACACUUUUGUGGACAUUCUUAGAGUCAUUCGAUCUAUACUUAAACCUCAUAGACAUGUAUGAAAGCAUCAAAUCCGCCAAAAGAUUGAUUUGGUAUUAUUUGGUGGCAUACGGCGGACCCGCGCUUAUUAUACUCAUUGCCUUAUUCAUCGAUCCGUCGAGUUAUGGCACACGAACCCACUGUUGGCUCAGAUCUGAUAAUUACUUUGUCUUGAGUUUUGUGGGCCCAGCCGUGGGCAUAAUUUUCGGCGGACUCGUGUUUGUGUUAAUCUCAUGCUUUGUUGUACUCAACAAUUCAAAUACAAGUACAACCAUUAAGUGCAUCGAUGAGACUAAGCUGGAUGUGACCAAGAAUGGCAUCAAAUGGGUAGUCGUAUUGCUAUUCCUGCAGUGCCUCACCUGGACUUUCGGUCUCAUUCACACCAACACUCAGAACUCAAACUCAAUCGCAACUAACGCCACGGUUAGCGACUCAUACACUAACCGACCAGUUGUGACACAAGUGACUGCCACACAAGUGGCCGCCGGUAUUGUACAGCACCCGCACCAACAAACACUUCCAGUCCUUCAAGUUGAACAACAGCCCCGCCCUCAGCUCAUGAGCUCGCCAAUCGAGGACAGGUGUGGCACACAACCCGAUCGCCCAUAUACUUCAGCGCAACGACAAACUAAUACAUUGUAUAACUCUAAGAGCGGCACAACCGGACCUAUUCUGGUGAACCCAAUCAACUCAGUUCCUACUGUUAACGUCUCCAUCAGUGACAUCAGUGCAGCCGCACUGGUCAGCCAUAAUUUGGCUGAUUAUGAAUCAAAACUGCAACAAAUCAGACACAAUAGCCUCAGCAGACAACCGAAGACCAAACGAAAGAUUCGCGUCAAUCAUAACAACCAUUUGGACGACACUUUCAGAUAUGGGCCACAAAUGCAUUCAAAUCUCUACAACCAAUACAUCGAACAUAUCUACGAGUCUAUAGACAGCGACUCUUUAGGUUCCGGUGUUUAUGACCGACAAAACCGUUUCACUCGUCGCCCACCGGCUGUUAUGUCCACAAUCAAUGACUUCUACGCCGGCGCCAACAUCACUGUCAACCCUACCUCUGCUGUCGAUGACGACUGGAGUCAGAACUCAUCGUCAAGUUAUGGUCCACUCUAUGACGACCGGCCACUCCUCAUAGGCUCACAAUCCAUUAACAACAGCCCAUCGCUGAACCAACCGCUCAUAUCUCAAGACUGCAGUUGUCCUCCAGUGCACCACAACUCAAAUUUCAAUAUUUAUGACAAAUCUAAAGAUGAGAUGAGAAGCUUUCGCACCGCUUCUCGGGUCAGAACCUUCGACACCCGACACAUGACUAUGCCUUCAAACGGGGCUAAUAUAACCGCUUGGAAUAUAUACCCCACUUCUAGUGCAGCCAAUCCUGACUUACCCGACUUGGUUCAGGACCCCAUCGAUGCCUCCAAUAAUAUCACUACAGUUUUUGUGGGCGAAAGCAAUCCAUCGCAUAAAAGACAAAACUUAAGUCCAGAUAUCGAUGUUAAUCACGAGAGCACACAAAACCAAUCAAUGCCACAAUUUAUGAGUUCUUCACACAAUCUUAAAAUAAAAGAGCCAGUCAAUGCAAACUCAUGGAGAGUAGGCUAUGAAGAACUGGUCCCACAAUUCGUACAGGUCAUAUGCAUUGUAAUAGACCUCAUCAUCACUACUAAGCCAUACAUCUCUUCCUGUCUCUCCUAUACUGACGAUUGGAUUGAAAGAGUGCACCGAAAGGCAGACCAGUAUAAAGUUUUUUAUCAGAGUUUCCGUAACUCUUCUUCUCUUGAAAUGAUCCAAUUCUUGAGAACCGGAUUUGAAGUCAACGUCACGAAGCAAUACAUGUCACGAACCGCUCAUCUCUGCUCCAAGUCUUCACUAAACCUCUUUCAUUUGUUGUGCCAUAAGAAGUGCAUAAUGUUUGGUGCGAUCGCAAGACUCGGUGUCAGAUCUCUGACGAGACCAACGGUUUCGAUGCCUUUUGCCAAACGAGUCGACAAUCGUCGAGUGAAUUUGGGCUCAUUUUGGAUGCAAAGCGCAAAGCUUUCUGUGUAUUCUUCGGACACAUCUCUAAAAGACAAUGAAGUGGAGGUCGAGACCAUGAAUGUGGAGCGACAAGAAUUGAUUGCUUUCGAUGAGACCUAUCGAAGAAUUUUUAAAGAUAUGAUUCCGAAGACCAAUGAAUUGGAAUUAAUGGAAUCGUUCCGAUGGAUAGAAAAGGUCGUUCAAUACAACGUUCCGAAUGGCAAACGAAACCGUGGAUUAGCUCUUGUAAUGUCUUAUAGACUAUUAGCUCCCAUUAGAGAGCAAACGCCUGAGAACCUAGAGUUGGCCCGAAUCUUGGGAUGGGCUGUUGAACUACUUCAGGCAUAUUUCCUGGUCGUCGACGAUCUCGUGGACCAGUCCAUCACCAGAAGAGGACAACUCUGUUGGUAUCGACAGGAUGGGGUGGGACUGACUGCAUGUAACGACGCUAUACUAAUAGAGUCGUGUAUUUAUUACAUUAUAAAACAUCACUUCAAAGGAAAGCCAUAUUACACCGAUAUUCUGGAUCUAAUGCUCGAAACCACUCGUUUUACAUCUUAUGGCCAGUGUUUGGAUCUAUUGUCAAACCCUCCGGGAAGGGGACGGAAACCUGACUUUGAUUCCUAUACUGCAGAGCGUUAUGCAGCUAUUGUUAAAUACAAGACCGCGUUCUACUCGUUCUGCCUACCGGUGCGUUUGGCUAUGUUUAUGUCCAACUUGUCGGACCCGAACGCCCACUCGGACGCUGAGAAAAUCCUCGUAAAAAUGGGUCACUUUUUUCAAGUGCAAGACGACUAUCUCGACUGUUUCGGUGACCCCGAAGUAAUUGGCAAAGUAGGCACUGAUAUACAGGACGGCAAGUGCUGUUGGCCUGUCAUCACUGCCCUCCAGACCGCCAGUCCUGAGCAGAGGAAACAACUGCAAGACAAUUAUGGCGUCCAUUCUGUCGAAGCGGUCGCUCGAGUGAAGGCUAUCUAUAAAGAGCUGAAUAUCGAGGAAUUGUAUCGACAGUACGAAGACUUCACAUUCACUGAGAUCUGUCAUCUCAUCGAUCAGUUGACCAUCUCUUCAAAACUGCCGAAAAAUAUUUUCUAUGGAUUUCUAACUAAAAUCCACAGAAGAAACAAAUAAUUUGACAUUUGUUUCACUUAUAAGAUUGUUUUAAUCAUUAACUUUACAAUUAAGUUAUUAAAUAAUUUCCGAUUAAAUAUACAUUAUGUACGGUAUUGCCAAAAGGGAAUGGGAUUUGUGUUAAGAGACAAUUGUCUUCUUAGCAAAUAUUGAUUUGUCCUCAAAACGAUGUUAAGUUUGAGUUGAAUACAG